AUGGGAAUUAGAAUGUUAAGCCAAACAAAGCAUUUUACACCUCGUGAAACAAAACUCGGUUUAGUCAAGUCGCUCUUAAUUCCUAAGCUUGAUUACUGUAGCAAUAUUUAUUUAGGUGCUUCGAGGGCAGCUUGGAAAGAGAUUGAAUUAGCGUAUAAUUCAUGUAUCAGAUACAUUUUUGACAGAAGACGUUACGAAUCAGUAUCUCAAUACAAAUCUAAUGUCGUUGGUAGCUCGAUAGAGAAUUUCUUAAAAUAUAGGGCGUGCCUUUUCAUCUACAACUUGCUACGUUACAAACAGCCCGAAUAUCUUUAUGAGAAAAUAAUUUUUACGAAAUCGUUGCGGAAUCGAGUUUUACAAAUACCUUCACACCUAAGAUCACAGUAUUUAUAGAAGUUAAUGCUCAACCUUCCCCUUUCCCAUCCUUAAAACACACAAUGAAUCAUUGCUAGCCAUGAUGGCUGAAAUUUAUUUGGUGCUGAGAUAUGAAGUGAUAAUAUUUUACUUCAUUGAGAUUGUAUGAUUUUUAUCAAUCAUGUCAUAGUUUUAAUUUGUCUUGUUUCAAGAAUAAAAUUUCAUAAGACAAGCUGUAAUCAUUAGAAGAUUUUCUUAGAAAAUCUUAAAAAGAGCAUGCUCUUAAAUGUUUCCAAAUGAAGAAAUAAAUAAACAUACAAACAAACUACAAAAUAAAACUGAUUGAAAUUCUUCUU